AUGCCAAGAGAGCAGGUGGAAGAAUUUAGGAAUUUUGUGAACAGCAACAGAUUGAUGGACAUCAAUCUUAAGGGAGAAAAAUUCACAUGGUUUAGCAAUCCUAGAAAUGGCUUUGUUACAAGAGAAAGGCUAGACAGGGUCCUUGUCAACUGGGAGUGGAGGAGAUUAUAUCAGAAUGCAACCCUCACAUCCCUCCCAGUGAUAGGAUCUGAUCAUUGUCCUCUAGUUUUAAAGCUGGAACCAAAAGAAAAAUUCGAACGACACUUCAAGUAUGAAGCAUAUUGGGAAGAUUACGAAGAUUGUGAGAAGAUCAUCAAGCAAGGAUGGGAAAAGAAUGAAAAUAAAAGGAAUAAAUGGGAAAAACUACAAGAAAAAUUCAAGAGUUACAAGAAGGAAUUGGAGCAAUGGAGCAAAAGAACUUUCACCAGAGCUGACAAGAAAUCAACCAACUUAAGGAAGAAAUCACAAAACUAUAGAAUCAGGACUUUCAGAACAGCAGUAGGAAAGGAUCAAGGAUCUGAAGGUUGA